UUCCUGAAUCCCUGAACGCAGCACAAUGUCAGCUGUUGAGCGCCAGAGCAAAGCUCACGUGACUCCCGUCAGCACGUGACAGAUGGACCAGCACAGCAACAUGGCUGCAGCACAACCCGUCUACUGGCUGGGGAAGGACACCCUGAGGGUGUCGGCCGCUCUGUUCGCAGAGAACCGUCGCCGCCUGUGCUGCGGGCUGAAAGACAAAGAUGGAGUGGAGCCGCGGUCCCUGGUGCUGCUGCAGGGAGGAGAGCAGAAGCAGAGGUUCUGCACGGACACGGACCUCCUUUUCAGACAGGAGUCCUUCUUCCACUGGGCGUUCGGAGUCACCGAGCCCGACUGUUAUGGAUCCAUUGAUGUGGACUCUGGGAAAUCCAUCCUUUUUGUUCCCAAACUGCCCGAGAGCUACGCCACGUGGAUGGGAGAGAUCUUUCCUAAAGAGCACUUCAAGGAGAAGUACGCUGUCGAUGAGGUGCAAUACGUCUGUGAUAUUGUUGACGUCCUGUCCGACCUGAGCGCCGCCGCGCUGCUGACACUGCGAGGUCAGAACACAGACAGUGGGAGCAUCUGCCGUGAAGCCUCCUUUGAAGGAAUCAGUCGCUUCCAAGUGAACAACACUCUCCUGCACCCCGUCAUUGUGGAAUGCCGUCUGACUAAGACUGAUAUGGAGCUGGAGGUGCUGCGCUACACCAACAGGAUUUCCAGCGAAGCCCAUAAAAUGAUCAUGAAGCACGUGAAGCCUGGACAGAAAGAAUAUGAAAUGGAGAGCCUGUUCCAGCACUACUGCUACGCCAAGGGAGGGAUGCGUCACACCUCGUACACCUGCAUCUGUGGAACGGGCAACAACUCCUCCAUCCUCCACUACGGUCACGCCGGAGCUCCCAAUGAAAAGACGAUUGCGGCGGGAGACAUGUGUCUGUUCGACAUGGGCGGAGAGUAUUACUGCUACUCCUCAGACAUCACCUGCUCCUUCCCCGCCACCGGCAAGUUCACUCCAGACCAGAGGGCCGUCUACGAGGCCGUCCUCAGAUCCUCCCGAGCCGUCAUGGCUGCCAUCAAACCAGGUGUGAAGUGGACCGACAUGCACCGCAUGGCAGACCGGGUUCACCUGGAGGAGCUCGUGAAGAUGGGCAUGCUGAGUGGCAGCGUGGAGGACAUGCUGAAGGUCCACCUGGGCUCCGUCUUCAUGCCCCACGGCCUGGGACACCUGCUGGGCAUCGACGUGCACGAUGUGGGAGGAUACCCCGAGGGGGUGGAGCGUGUGGACGAGCCCGGGCUGAGGAGUCUCCGGAUGGCCCGUCUGGUGCAGGAGAGGAUGGUCCUCACAGUGGAGCCCGGCAUUUACUUCAUCAACCACCUGCUGGACCAGGCGCUGGCCAACCCGGCCCAGAGCUGCUUCAUCAACAACCAAGUGCUGGCUCGCUUCCGCGGCUUUGGAGGGGUUCGUAUUGAAGAUGACAUCGCCGUGACAGCUGACGGCAUCGAGCUGCUGACCUGCGUCCCUCGCACUGUGGAGGACAUCGAGGAGUUCAUGGCCGACUCUGCAAAAACCUUCAGCCCCGUCGUGAGCGCGGAGAAAUAAAGAGCUGCAAGAAUCAUUUCUCACUUCUGCAACAGAUGCACAAUCAAGAUGUUUAUUAAGCAGUGCAAUCAACACGUGAUAAUAACCAACAAUACAGUAUCUUUAUAAAGCUUUCAUAAUAAUCAUACAGUAAAGUGUUCGUUUCUGUGCCUCCUGGAAAAAGAUUUCAUUUUUUAAAAAGCGAUUCUUCUUCUUCUUACAUUUGAAAUUGAUUCACAAAACAUGCUGUGCAAUGAAUUUUAAAUAAACAUUUCAAUUUGCAA